AUGAAUGUAAUCGGGGGAACCUCAGAUGAAAUUGUGAAAGCUCUGAGACCAGGAGAUGACCCUUCUAGCUCUGAUAAAAGAGAUUUAGCCAACGAGAUUAAUAAUGCCUUUUUGGCUCCUAUGGCUAGAUAUGUGCCGUUAUCCUCAGUACCUCGUCAACAUCUCAUCCAACCUGCACAAAGUGAUACA